UAUAAAAUGGCCACAAAAAAGAAAGUUUUAUUAAAAGUUAUUAUUCUUGGUGACUCUGGGGUAGGUAAAACCUCACUUAUGAACCAAUAUGUCAAUAAAAAGUUCAGUAAUCAAUAUAAAGCUACCAUUGGGGCUGAUUUCCUUACCAAGGAAUUAAUGGUUGAUGACAGAGUUGUCACCAUGCAAAUUUGGGAUACAGCUGGUCAAGAACGUUUCCAAAGUUUAGGUGUUGCUUUUUAUCGUGGUGCCGAUUGUUGCGUUUUAUGUUAUGAUGUCAAUGUUGCUAAAACAUUUGAAAAUCUCGACUCAUGGAGAGAUGAAUUUUUAAUCCAAGCCGGUCCACGUGAUCCAGAUAAUUUCCCAUUUGUUGUAUUAGGUAACAAGAUCGAUUUAGAAAAUCAACGUGUUGUUUCACAAAAAAGAGCUGCUUCAUGGUGUCAAAGCAAAGGUAACAUCCCAUACUUUGAAACCUCCGCCAAAGAGGCCAUUAAUGUUGAACAAGCUUUCCAAACUAUUGCCAGAAACGCCAUUAAAUUAGAAGACGGUUUAGUUUUCCCAAUCCCAACUGGUAUCCAAGUCCAACCAGAACCACAACCACAACAAUCUGGUUGUUGUUAAACACGUACAAUGCUAAUUUUAAAUAUUAAUUUUUUAUUCCCCCAACUUUUUUUAAAAUCAUGACCAAUGAUAUGAUAACCAUUAAAUAUACACAAAAAAAAAAAACCCUUUAUAAAAAAACCAAAAAAAAAAAAACCAAAAAAAUGCAAAAAUCCUAUAAAUAAAAAAAAAAUAUAUGUUUUAUUAAUC